AUGCACUUUCAAUGUAAUAAAUCUCCUAGUUUGUACCAAUCAUGGCAUUGUAGGUUGGAACAUCCCCACCAUGAAACUCUUAAAAAUGUUCUCAAUGUUUAUAAUAUUCCUUUACCUAAUAAGAAUAUGUUUGAUUUCUGCAAUGCCUGUUAUCUAGGUAAAGCACAUAGAUUACCAUCUUAUGCUUCCAAUACUAACUAUAUUAAGCCAUUCGAAUUGGUUUUUUGUGACCUUUGGGGACCUGCCCCUGUUGCUUCCUCCUGUGGAUAUACCUAUUUCCUUACUUGUGUUGAUGCUUUUAGUCUAUAUACUUGGAUAUAUCCACUCAAACUUAAAUCUCACUGUUGA